AUGUUGAUAAUUUUGACAAACAAUGCUAAACUAGGCCAAACUAUUAUUUCUCCCAUGGAUUUUAAUAUAAUUUAAUAUUGAAAUAUGUUUCUUGUGUGCAGCCAAAUUUUGUAUGAAAAACGUCCAGUUGUAGUGUAAAUUGUUAUUAUAGUGGUCUAGAUAGAAAUGUCUAAGAAAGGUAGAAAAACUAAAAUUGAGUGCACUAGGUCUAACAACAAGAAGAGUUUGAGACCGGUUAAAAGCAUAAACGAUGAUUAUAUAUUCAUCGGCAAAGAAAAUAUGAAAAAAUGGAAUGAAAUGAAAUACAGAUUCAAUUGUAUUUCAGAUAAGAAAUUCAUAUCUUGUCUUCUAAACUUGAUUUCAAACGAAAACAGUCAUGCUGCUAUUAUGAAAUGUUUUGAAAAAGAAAUUGAAAACCAACCUCCAAAUAGUCUAGUGUCAGUGGAAGAUAAUGUUUUCGACCAUGACAAGUCUGUUCUUAUCAAACCUCAAUCUGAAGAAACUAAGCCAACUGACAACAGCUCGUCUGUGAUUGUUAUCAAUAAGGCAGUCGUAGAUGGCAAUAAUGAAGAUACAUUAUUAAUACCCUAUGGUCCAAAACCAGCAAGUAAGGAAAAGAAUGAGCGUUCUUUGGAAGAUUCAGCUCACAAUCAGAAUUUAAUUCACCGAGUUGACACAAAACCCCCUUUAGAAAAUGAUAUAAUUGAUGAAAGCUCUACUAAAAUUAAAUGCCACAAAGGGGAAGAUAAUAAUAAUAGUAGGAAUAUCAAACAAAAGAAAAAGAAAUCCGAUCACGAAUCAAAAGAUAAGUUAGUGCACAAUGAGGAAAGAUUAGUCAAACUAAGGAAAAGAAAAAUCAAAUCGUUUGAGUUAAGUCAUGAGGAGGUUAUGAAAAACAGCGAUGAUCACCAACCGACACCAAAUACCAAAACAGAAAUUGUUGAGCCUGCUGCGGUUCCUACAGCUGCUGCGGUGAACUGUGCUCUGCAGAUUUCUGCGGAGGAACGAGUCGCCAUAACUAUCAGACUCUGUAGUGUUUGCGAACAACAUCAUCUGCAGGAAGCAUGUCCUGUGAGACAACCAACAAGAAUGGUUUUAGAUGCUGUUUCGCUAAGUGAGUGGACCAAAGCAGAGACGACUAAAGGACCGAGUUUUGCUGAGGCCUCGCUGCCAUCUUGUUUGGAACUAAGAGUGAACGAUAGCCAGCCCGGACUUAGUGUAGUGGCAAGACAGGCUAUACAGCCCUUUGUGCAGUUUGGACCUUUGGUGGGCCGUUGCAUCAAAGAGAAGGAUAUACCUGACGACUCAACAAUGGAACAUAUCUGGGAGCUGAACGAUGCAAAUGGUAGCCAAUACUUGACCACAAGUGAUCCGAACGAGUCUAAUUGGCUGCGGUACGUUCAUCCCGCUGCUACGAGAUCCAAGCGUAAUUUGGAAGUGGUUCUGAGCAACCACCAAUUAGUUUUUGUCACAACAUCGGCCAUCUCGGAGGGAGAGGAGUUGUUUUUCUGGGCGGAAAACACGAACAAUGCCUGGUCACAUAAAAAACUCAAUAAAACAAAGUGUGGAGGAUGCAAUCUAAGUUUCUCGCACACCCUGUAUUAUCGGCUCCACUGUACAGUGUUCCACGACCCCUCAUUCAGCCUUACGGUCCGCAAGUACCAUUGCAAGGUGUGUGGUUGUUCAGUUCUUGGAAAGGAAAACAUCGUCAAGCAUGCAGCAGAGAAACACAAUGGAAAAGGUGCCUACCAAUGCCAGUUUUGUAAUAAGUUUUUCCUUCGUCUCAAUUAUCUGGAGAUGCAUCGCACGUACGGCUGCUCGGCCAAUCCUAACAGAAGUCGUCCCUUGUGUGACUACUGUGGCCGUAAAUUCUGCCAACCCCAGAAAUUGAAAGUGCAUAUCAAGCGAAUGCAUAGCGAAAUGUUAGACGUGCUGAGGGAUUUCCAGUGCAAACAUUGUCUGAAAAUCUUGGGUUCUAGACCAGCUCUACAGAGGCACUUCAAAGAGGUUCACCAGAAGGAUGUUGUUGGAGCCUUUACGUGUGAUCGUUGUGGCAAGAUGUUUCAAAACAAAUCCAACUUGAAGAUACACAUGUUGACCCAUUCUGGGAUCAAGCCUUUCAAAUGUAGAGAGGCGGAGUGCCCAGCUGCAUUCACCACCAAGCAGUGUCUUCAGUUUCAUUACCGCAAGGUGCACGGGCUGGCCGAGGACAGUAUCCCUCCGAUACAGCGGUCGGUGGAGUACACGUUUGACGCGUACGCAGGCGGACGACGACCUGGCAGCGUCAAUAGUGACUCUCAGUGUAGCAGUGAUGGUGAAGACAAUUCAGAAAAAUACGCCAACGAACCACCUCUGUCGCCUCCCAUAUCAGUGACAGGAGAUCAGUCCAGCCAACCCGCCAUGGAUACCCUCAUAGUAGCGAGCAAAGGCAGCAAGAAGUGGAUUGAGACUAACGAUGCUGCAAAAUCAAAUGUAUUCGACUUUGACGAAGACGAUAAAGACCAAGAUAUCAAUGUUUCUCACAUCGACGAGGAACCGAUCCCUAUGCUGUUCCACAACUGUAAGCAGGACUCCGCAAACGCCAGCUUGCUCGUGGAAGCCGCCUUGGACGCAGCAGAGAGAGAUAUUGACAUGCCUUCAAAAGUACCGUCACCGAUGUCCUUAGUGACAAAUAAAGAGUCUUAUCCGUUGUUGCGAUCUCACAUUCCUCACUCACCUUUGGGUCUGAGCCGACCAGUGUCUCCAGUGGAAUAUCCAAUUCAGGACCAAAGCCAAAGUCCACAUUUGGCGAUGGAGUCGUGUUACACAACGAUGAGUCCAAGACACCCUUACAGUCUCAUGUUUCCCGAGAGAACUCCGCAUUACGACUUCCGUUUAUCUCCACCUCCCGGACAAAUCGAUUCUUUCCAUUUGGAAGAUUUACGAUACGAUCAUCACAGAAGAGAGGACUCGAACGACGGUGUCAACAUGGUACAAAACUUGAGUUUGUUGAAGAAACCAAUGCUAGAUAUUCCAUACAAGUAUGAUAACAUGGAGGAGAGGAGUUUUGAGAGUGUCGAAGGAUUGGAUAUGUCGCGAACUGGGUAUCACCACUCAUUCGUCUCCGUGACACCGAGGUAUCCGUUGUAUGAACCAAGGAGUUACUCUCACACCGAUGUUUUACGAGUCGUAAAUUUUUCGCACAGUGUAGACUUGUCUCUGCCGAGGAGCCAUCAUCAGUUGACUCCACCGAUGAAUCAAAGUCUGAUAGAACCCAUUAGGAUUAUAUCACCUCCUCCCUAUCAGACCUAUCCCCUCACUGCGUCACCUCCCUCGUACACUCGACCCUCACAUUCGCCCACUUAUCAUCACUACAACACAUCAUAUUAGUGAGAUAAAUACUUAAGACUUUUCUAGUCAUUAGAAUUUAGUAGUAGUAUUAAACAAACCUUGGAUUUUUGUACACAUUCAUUGAAUUUUAGAUACUGAAGUAGACAUCCCGCCUAUAUUUAAUCAGCUACUGCAAAAAUUAUUCUAUUUCCUCCCUUAGUUUGAUUCUACAAUAAGUUUAGUGGCAUAAAUAAAAGAUGAGUGUAGACAAUAAGUUGACUUUUAGUUAAGCGUGGAUCAAAAGUUGGCGUAUUUCACUGAAAUCAGUAAUUGACAGCAAGCAACAGACACAGUCAAGGGUUAAAUUUAACUACUCUAAUUAAAAAAAAAUAAAUUGGCUACAACUUUUACAAGGGAAAAGGAUGUCUACUUCAACAAAUAGUCACAGAUUCUAUUUAAUACUUGUAAUUUGAUUUUGUUAUGAUUAUUACAAAGAAUCUUGGGCAUUUAAAAUUAAUUGUUGUAAAUAAUAAAAAAGACAAUUUGCACAAUUGCUUUACUCAAAGGCUUAAAGUCAUACAUCAAAGUUUUCACUUUCAUCAGUACUAUUUUUUCACUAAAUGGUACUAUAGUCAGUAUUUGUUUACAUUUACAUUCUAUACAUAAAAUUAUUUAUGUUAGUUUUUUUGCAUGUAUUUUUGACUAGUAUAAAUUUAAACACUGAAUGUAAGGAAUGCAUCACAGAAAAAUUACACCAAAUCUAUUAUAAGGAACAAAUUAAAUGUAUUAAAACAAAAUAAGACCUAAUACAAAAAUUUAAUAAAUAUAGGUGGAUGUUUGAAUUUGUAAGGAAAUUCAUUAGUUUUUAUAGACAAUUUUAAAUAAAUUAAUGCACUAGAUUUUAAAAUAUUUUCUUUUAAUUUAAGUUUUGUAACUAAUGCUUCCGCAAAUUUUAAAAUCUUGAAUUGCUGAGGAAAUAAGAUUGAUAAUAAAAUAAUUUUGAAGUAUCACAGCUAAAUAAAUAAUUGAAGAUAAUUUGAAGAGUACAGUAGACUCUCAGUAAUCCAACAGAUAUAGGACCAUGAUACUGCUGGAUUACUGGAAUGUUGUCAAUAAAAACACUUAAAAAUGCAAUUAAAACACGUCCCCGAAGAUCGCGCGAUCGGAAACCUCUAUUGCUGCGAUCGGGCAUGACGACGAUGACGUUUCCGUAAUCGUGGGAGACAAUGAUAACGUCUACACGGCUGCGGGAGAUAAUCAUAAUUUUGCCACGAUCGUGCAUGAAGACGAUGACGUUUCCGUGACCGCAGGAGGCGAUGAUAACGUCUAUCUUUCUUUUCUUUUUCAUUCUUUUUUUAAAAAAAAGAGGUUGGUGGCCUCUUUUAACCUUGCAUUUGCCUGUCCACAUAGACUAAGUGCCCGUGCGAGGAUCGUUUACAACAAAGCAAGAAGUGAGCCGGUACAGUACAAAGGUGAACUGUACUGAUAAAAUGUUAUCGGCAGUGAUCAGGAUCUGAACCCACGACAUCGCUGCCAUGGGCCCGAAAUCCGCGACGCUAUCGACUGAGCCACCGACUCACUAACUACCACUCCGACUCACUAACUCUAUAUAUGUCUGCGGGAGGUUGUUCAUGAUUUUGCCGCAAUUGCAUGACGACGACGACCUUUCUAUGACCGCGGGAGAUGUUCAUGAUUUUGCCGCGAUCGCGCAAGAUGACGAUGACGUUUUUGUGACUGUGGGAGUGGAUAAUAAUGUCUACACGGACGCAGGAGAUAAUCCGAAUUUUGCCGCGAUCGGGGAAGACCUCACCCGUCUAAAGACGCCGGAUUACUGGAGUACUGGAGUGAUGCAGUGCCGGAUUAGAGAGGGUCUAUUGUACUAUUUAUUAGGUUUAUGGUCUUGUGUAGGUUUACUUAAAUUAUUUUUUGUACUCAUUACUUGAGUAAUUUUAUAACCUAUUUUAAGGCAGCAGUCAAACUCCUUUUCCAUUACAAUGACACAAAAGGUUAGGAGUAAAAUACAAAGUGUAAACAAAUUUAAUUAUUUUAGUGUGAAUAUUAAGUUGUGAAAUAUGCUGUGAGUUACCAAAGAUAGUUUUAAGCUUUAUUUAUUAGUUAUUUAUUAAUUUUUACACGUUUGAAUGUUUUUAUAUAUAUAAUGGUAGGGGUCUAUUAUUAAAUGUUUUGUUUAUUGUUUUUUUAUAGGACCCACAUUUAAGCUACGCUAAUGUUUGAAAUUCAAAUAAAAAAAUAUAAAAAAAAUUAUGUGAUACCUUGUAUUUUAAUGAAGUCUUGAUCUAUGUUCAGAUAGAAUUAAUUAAAAUAUUUAUAUACUACAAUUUUUAUUUAUUUAACUAUAACUAAAGGAAAACAAAACUAUUAAUUAUAUUUAAAUUUAAUGAACUAAUUAACUUAAAUUACAAAAUUAUUCAACUGAGUUCAAAUCAUUGUUAGUUUUUUUGUACAUUCAUAGUGGCAUUAGUAAAAUGUACAUAAAUAACUAUGCAACAUGUAUACCUAUAGUAAAUGGGAUUUUUUUACUUAAGUAGACAUCCCAUUUAUAUAAGUAGCUGUACUUUUUCUUUAUUUUCAAAAGAGAACAUAGAUGAAUUUAAGCUUGUCUAGAGUGUUUUACUAUCUCCGUUAUAUCAAUUAGGAUUCAAUGGAUGAAAGUGGUUGAUGUGACGUUGAUGAGCCUUUUCACUAAGUUAAUCUUUUAGUUUGGCCUGUUAUAAAGGUGGUGGAAACA